GUACUGUGUGUGCACUGCAGUGGACUCUUUUACUCCAUCUUCACUGACUCACACAAGUGCAGCCUCAGCGCCAUCAGCCUGGACCCUAAGGUGGACCCUGAGGGCUUUGCCAUCCUGCUGGAGUUCAUGUACACAUCCCGCCUCAGUCUCAAGGAGAGUCUGAUCAUGGCCAUUCUGAACACUGCCGUAUAUCUGCAGAUGGACCACGUUGUAGACACCUGCCACAGAUUCAUUAAGACCAGCGACCCAGCCAAGCUGCCCAGGGACGAGUUUUUGGUGAGCCCUCUGGUGCUGCCUCAGGACGUCCAUGCGUUCCGACCUCAUGAAGUGGUGGACAGUUUGCACAGCCGCGUGGCUCCGUUCAGGGACAGUAGACCCUACAGCUCUCACAUGUUCAAUGGGGUCACAACUCCUUCUAACUAUCAUCUGUAUGGCCAGUUCCCUAUGCCUGGGUUUCCCUUCCCACUCUGUAAGCUCACUGAUGCCAAAAAUGCUUUUGCGGACCUUUCAAGGAGUGGACUGCACCACAAGCAUUGUUCUCCCCACGACAGCACUUUUCGGGCUGACUACAGCCGAGCACUGGGCUCCGGGAUAAUCCACCCCAGCACCUAUGCACCGCGAGAGGAGGAGCUACGCAAAGAUAGCCAUGACAUGAGCCAGUCCAUCGGUCAGAGCUCCAGGAAACGUGCUUUUCCACUGCUCGGCCUGGAGCACCCGAAAGAGUCGUCCAAAGAUCACGCUGCAGCAGAGGAGGAGCUGCUCCAUCAGCACUACCCAAUGGGCAUCUCCUCAGGGCGGAAGAGCCUCCUGAGUAGCCCCCAGAGCCCGCUCAAGUCAGACUGUCAGCCCAAUUCUCCCACGGAGUCCAGCAGCAGCAAAAACGCCAGUCUGUCCCAGAGUACUGCGCAGUCCCCACCAAACACACAGGACCCCAAAGCACGCAACUGGAAGAAGUACAAGUUCAUUGUGUUGAAUCAAAGUGCCAAGGAGGAGGAGGUGGGGCUUCAGGACGCAGGGUUGAGCUCACCUCAGCGCCAUGCUUUGCAGCCGUACCUUCACCAGAAUGACUCGGAGAGUUUGGAGCCUCAGAACAAGAGCAGUGAACACAGUGAAGAGCUGCCAGCUCCACAAACCAGCCGCCUCAACAACAUCAUCAGCAGUGCUCUGGAAGGGUCUCUGAGGAGCGGAGACACGCAGCACUUCCUGUCCCGCCUCAACUGUUCGUCGUGUGGUUCACAGUCGCCGCGGCACUCAGAGGUCUGCCCUAACCCUGCCGCUCGCCUCACAGAGGAGAUGGCUGAGCUGCACUCAGAGUACUCUGACUCCAGCUGUGAAAAUGGCACAUUCUUCUGUAAUGAAUGUGACUCAAAGUUUGCUGAAGAUGAGGCUCUGAAACAGCAUAUGCUGCAGGUGCACAGUGACAAACCGUACAAGUGUGACCGCUGCCAGGCCGCCUUCCGCUACAAGGGCAACCUUGCCAGUCACAAGACCGUGCACACAGGUGAGAAACCGUACAGGUGUAAUAUCUGUGGCGCUCAGUUCAACAGACCAGCCAACCUCAAGACGCACACUCGCAUCCACUCAGGGGAAAAACCCUACAAAUGCGAGACAUGUGGAGCACGCUUUGUGCAGGUGGCUCACCUUCGGGCCCAUGUCCUAAUCCAUACCGGAGAGAAACCGUACCCUUGUGAAAUCUGCGGGACUCGUUUCCGACACCUCCAGACACUCAAGAGUCACCUGCGCAUCCACACUGGAGAGAAGCCCUACCAUUGUGAGAAAUGUAACCUGCAUUUCCGCCACAAGAGUCAGCUGCGUCUGCAUCUGCGCCAGAAGCACGGAGCCAUCACCAACACAAAGAUCCAGUACAGGAUGUCCACAGACAUACCCACGGAUCUGACUAAAGCGUGUUGAGAAAUGAGAGGAAGAAAAAAAACUUUGCAACAGGCAAUCUUGACCUUGGCAUUUAAGACCCAAACUUUGUACAAUCAUCCAAAAUUGUAGUGCCACACUGUGUUUAUUAGACAAUUAAAUUGGCCAUGGUUGCCACUCUAAACGGGUUACCACUACAUGUGAACGUAGAGCCACUGAAGGCAUCUUUGUCACUUUAUUUGUUUGUAAAGAUUUAAAUAUAUAUGUAUGUAUGUUGGAGUGUUUCUAAGCUUUGAAGGUACAUAUAUAAAGCUUUAUUUUGUUGAAGGCUGGAAUGUAAAGAAGCCGUCUUUUUGAAAAUACAGUAUUUUAUAUCAGAGAACUUACUUUUCUGAGAGCAUUCAAGUGACGGGUGGUACAUAUAUUUUAAGAUAUCUGAAUUUCUGGCUGUACAGAAUUGUCUCUACUUUUUAUGUAGAUGUACAUAUUGCACCAUGUCAAGUUGCCAUUCUCAUGUGGGAGGAAAAACAAUCAAAUGAGCUCAACAUAUCAGAUGACUGCUGCUGUCUGGAUAUGCAUGAGGUACUUCUGUUGCCAGUUAAACAUGAAUUGGGCAACAGCAUAAAUAUUGUGACAUUGUGUAACUAUAUCCCGGGUUGCUCUCUGCUGGCAGAGCCAAUCUGUGACUUUGGUGUUUAACGCAUUUCAAGGUACGGCCUUGGUAAUACCAAGAAAAUAUUUUGCUUCAAAUGUAUUUGUACAGAUGUGACUUUUGUUUAAACGUUUGUUUGUUUGUUUAUCAUAAGUGGAAGUUUACAGUUUUGGUUAUUGUUCUAGCGCCUACAGUAAAGUUGUGUAAGUGUCAAGGUUUUGGUUUGUACAUACACUGUGUAUUCAAUGUGCCUUUCUCUCGUGACCGAAUUCUUCUCCAUUCAUCUGUUUAGACUCAAGGAUGCUACGUGUCCUACAUCCCUUUGUGUGUGUGUCAUUAAAUGUACAUAGAUUUUUAACGCUAGUUACCAACCUUCUAACAAGCAAAUGCAUCAUUGUAAAUGACCAGGACUUGUUUUGGAUUGGGCUUUUUUUAACCUGCAUUAAAGUAACUGUACGUUUAAUGUAUGAAUGUAAAAUAAAGUUAUUGGAUUUAUAUGUA